AUGGACGACAUUAUAGCAACACUUCAGUCGCUCUUGCGGCACAACUUCCACGUCACUGCAACCGAUACCGCAAGGCACGAUCAAUGGUUCAAAAGAGCCUACCAGAGCUGGGCAGCAAAGGACAAGGAGCUUCUACUCUUGGCGCCCAGGGUUUCUCGGACCGAAUGGGCGCCGGACAUGCUGCAAUUCUCUGCCCAGCUCGCUCUUCACAUACGAAACCUGGCCGCCGCCGAACGGCAAAGACUGGAUGCGUCGUUCCCGCCUCGCGACGACAAGCUCUUCCCAGACUCGGUACUGGACGAGCCGCCUCUCAUGUGCCCGCUGGAUCAGCUGCAGGCCCCGGCGCUGUCCCCUCGUGUCCAGCGCGGCGAUUGGUGGCCCGGCAAGGACCUGGUCGACCUGGCGUACGUCGGCAAGGCGCUGCUGGAGCACGAGCAGACGGCGGCCUUGGUGCGCGUGUCCCAGAUGCGCGGCGUGGCCAUGAAGGAGGCGGCGGAUACCAGCAAGCAUAAGCGAGGCCGGUGGCGGUGGUCGACGGAGCCGUGCGGCGGCUGGGGCACGCUGGUGGACGAGGCGCUCCUCAUCUUCUUCUUUGCGAUCAUUGUCGGCACGUUUCCGGACGAGCUGUUCGCGGAAAAGGCCAAGUAUACAAGCUGGUUGCCGUAUGGCGAGCUGCUGUCAGGCUUGCAGCCGCCAGAGCGUUUCGUCGAGGCGCUCAGGAAGCGACCCGGUGGCGGCCCGAAGGCGGGAGGACUGCGCUCAGCGACCGACUUGCGGCCGCACGCGGAGCGCUGCGUGCGCGUUCUGGCCGCGGCCGACGUCUUGCGCGAGGCGUGCCAUCUUCCGGCCGUGGACUGGCCGUCGCGCAUCAGCAGCGCCAUGCUGUACUUUGUCGGCUUCGAGGCGUGGAACAGGGCGCGCGAGGGCCAGACGUAUCUGCACUGCCAUCUGAACACGACGAAAGAUGGUCGGUGGCUGGCCCACGGCCUCGGGGCAAAAGGAGAAGCGGCCGUCGUUGUGGCGGCAGAGGAGGAGACAAGGGCAGUCGUCGGGGCGGCCAAGCUGGUGCGGCCGCGCGAUCCAUUGCGGCUGCGUGAGCCUCGCGUCGAUCCGGUGUGUAGUGACGAGGACGGCGACGAGGAGGAUCAGACUAAGCUGGAUGAGUUGGAGCGUGCAGAGGCCGCGUACGGGGCAAAGAGAAGCACGAAAUACCAGAGAAGGAGAGCUGGCGAUGAGCAUCAAGCUCACAAGCUGAUGAGCACGAAAUAG